AUGCGUCGAUCUAGUAUGACCGAUCGAUCAUCGAUCACGAAUUUAGCUUUGGCUUAUCCAUGGACAAAGACAACUGAAGAUGCGACGAGUUUCUAUAAAGUAGACGAGACUAAAGGUCUAACCGAAGCGCGAGCUAGAGAAGACCUUGAGAAAUAUGGACCUAACGAAUUACCUGCUGAGGAAGCCUUAUUCGAAGAACACAAAGAAGACGAAAGUGUCAUAACAGCUUUUGUUGAGCCACUUGUCAUUCUCCUUAUUCUUAUUGCCAAUGCAGCUGUUGGUGUCUGGCAAGAACGAAACGCUGAGAGUGCCAUCGAAGCGUUGAAAGAGUACGAACCAGAAAUAGCAAAAGUUGUUCGACAGAAUCGACCUGGUCAAAUCCAACGGAUCAAAGCAAGAGAACUCGUACCUGGUGACAUCGUUGAAGUUGCUGUUGGAGACAAAGUACCANUAUCAUCCAGAAAAAAAAAAGAAUGA